CGCAAGCUCAGCUCGUAACGAGGACCGCACGGAAAACCACGCUGAAGCCGCCCUCCUGUAGCAUCUCCAGUUUUUUAUUAUCACACAACCAACACUCUUAACACACCCAUUCUAGGCAAAGAUGGUCGCAGUGGAAACAUCCCCUAACUCGUCUCCUUCGGCGGAAUGGGUCAGCUGCCUGGAUAAAAGGCCUGCGGAGCGUUCUGGAGAGGACGUGGAUAUUAUCCUGACCAGACUAAAAGGAGUUAAAGCCUUCCGGAGAUUCUGCCCCUCCCUGUUGCUGCAGAUCUGCUCCUGUGCCUUCUACGAAUACCUGGAGAAAGGCAUCACCUUGUUCCGCCAGGGUGAUAUAGGGACCAGCUGGUAUGCAGUUCUGUCUGGCUCUUUGGACGUAAAGGUAUCAGAGACUGCCAAUCAUCAGGAUGCUGUCACUAUCUGCACACUGGGAAUUGGGACAGCAUUUGGAGAGUCUAUUCUGGAUAAUACACCUCGCCACGCCACCAUCGUCAGCAGAGAGACCAGCGAACUGCUCCGCAUCGAACAGAGAGAGUUCAAGAGUCUAUGGGAGAAGUACCGUCAGUCUAUGGCUGGACUCUUGGCUCCUCCAUAUGGAGCCAUGGAGAGUGGAUCCAACAAUGACAGGCUGGCAGACAAAGACAGCCUAGGUUCGGAUUCUCUCAGCCUCAUGAACAAGUCUCUGAACAAGGUUCCAUCAGAGAAGCUGCAGCGAGGGGGAAAGGUGAUGCGGAACGCCAUCCUCUCCAGAGCUCCCCACAUGAUCAGAGACAGGAAGUACCACCUCAAGACCUACAGACAGUGUUGUGUGGGUACGGAGCUGGUGGAUUGGCUGGUGCAGCAGAGUACCUGUGUCCACACCCGGUCCCAUGCUGUGGGGAUGUGGCAGGCUCUGCUGGAGGAGGGGGUCCUCAACCACGUGGACCAGGAACUGGGUUUCCAGGAUAAGUACCUCUUCUACCGCUUCCUUGACGACGAGGAGGAGGACACACCGUUGCCUAGCGAAGAGGAGAAGAGGGAGAGUGAGGAAGAGCUGCCUGAGACCAUCCUCUUUCUCGCCCAGAUAGGUCCAGAUGCCCUGCUCAGGAUGAUACUUCGCAAACCUCCUGGUCAGAGGACAGGUGAUGAUCUGGAGAUAAUCUAUGACGAGUUGCUUCACAUCAAGGCCUUAUCCCAGCUUUCCAACACUGUGAAGAGGGAGCUAGCGAGUGUCCUCAUCUUUGAAUCUCACGCCAAAGCUGGAACUGUGUUGUUUAACCAAGGAGAAGAGGGGACAUCAUGGUACAUCAUCCAGAAGGGCUCCGUCAAUGUGGUAAUCUAUGGCAAGGGUGUAGUGUGCAUGCUACAUGAGGGAGAUGACUUUGGGAAGCUGGCACUGGUGACAGACUCUCCGCGUGCUGCCUCCAUCGUCCUCAGAGAAGACAACUGUCAUUUCCUCCGAGUGGACAAAGAGGACUUCAACAGGAUACUCAGGGAUGUGGAGGCUAAUACGGUGCGUCUGAAGGAGCAUGAACAGGCUGUGUUGGUCCUAGAGAAGAGUCCCAGAGCCUCCACUCUGGGAAACAUCAAGUACACUGUGAUGUCUGGAACCCCAGAGAAGAUUCUGGACCAUUUCCUGGAGACGAUGAGGAUGGACACACACCACUCUGACCCAGACCCUGCGGUGGAUGACUUUGUCCUCAUGCACUGUGUCUUCAUGCCUAACAGCCAGCUCUGCCAACUGCUCAUGGCACACUACCAUGCGGUGUCCCCGCCGGGCUCGGAGCAGGAGCGGAUGGAAUAUGCUGUGACCUGUAAGAGACGCGUUCUUAACCUGGCCAUGCGCUGGGCUGCAGUACAUACGUACUACCUACAGGAGGAGCCAGCGGCGCUCACAUUCCUGGAGGAGCUGUAUGGGAGUGUGUCCAAUGACUCACGGAUCCUCAGAGCUCUGAAAGACUUUGUACCUGAUCUGGAGAAGGUCGUCAAACUACAUUCAGGAGAGGCCAAGCUAAGAAAGCAGAAGGUCCUUCUCAGACAGUUCAGCAAUGGAGACGAGAGAUUAGCAAAGAAACAACCCAUCAGGAACAGUGAUGACAUCCUGUUGAAGGUGUACUGCAGUGACCACACCUACACAACCAUCCGGGUUGCUGUGGCAGCCACAGGGAGGGAGGUGACCAGUGCCGUGGGCGACAAACUGGCCUCCAAUGAGGACCUGCUUUUGGUCCAUCUUAGCUCUGCGGGUGAGAAACAUGUGCUGAAACCCAGCGACGUGUCCGUUUUCUCCACUCUGAGCAUCAAUGGACGUAUGUUCGCCUGUCCUAGAGACCAGCUCAAUGCUCUGACCCCUCUCCCAGACCAGGAGGGACCGUCGGCUGGUUCCAUGUCCAGUUUUGAGCUGAUGAGUUCUAAAGACCUGGCCUACCAGAUGACCCUGUUUGACUGGGAGCUCUUCAGCUGUGUACACGAGCACGAGCUGUUGUACCACACGUUUGGUCGUCUCAGCUUCAGGAGAACCACGGCCAACCUGGACCUGUUCAUUCGCAGGUUCAACCAGGUUCAGCUGUGGGUGGUGACAGAGGUAUGUCUGUGCGGCCAGCUCAGCAAACGGGUUCAGCUGCUCAAGAAGUUCAUCAAGAUCGCUGCUCACUGUCGGGAGUUUAAGAACCUGAACUCAUUCUUUGCCAUCAUCAUGGGAAUGAGCAACCCUGCUGUCAGCCGACUGACCCAGACCUGGGAGAAACUGCCCAGCAAGUUUAAGAAGUUCUACGCUGAGUUUGAGAGCAUGAUGGACCCAUCCAGGAACCACCGUGCAUACCGGCUGACUGUCACCAAAAUAGAACCACCAAUCAUCCCCUUCAUGCCCCUCCUCCUCAAAGACAUGACUUUCAGUCACGAAGGAAACAAGACGUUCAUAGACAACAUGGUGAACUUUGAAAAGAUGCGGAUGAUCGCUAACACCAUCCGGGCCGUGAGACACUGCAGGAGUCAGCCGUUCAACCCUGACGUCUGUCAGCCCAAUAAGAACCAUGCUGAGGUGAGGGGUUACGUGAGGAAGCUGUGUGUGAUUGACAACCAGCGGACCCUAACAACGCUCUCCUAUAGGCUAGAACCCCGCAGGACCUGAGACCUCAGCCCACCCACCAUCGCAAUGAUUACACAUGUGAUAUGCUGAACCAUGAGCCCUUUCAGGGUUUUUUUGUUGUCCAGAAACACCUGCUCAGUCCACCGAGCAACCCAGGAACCCCCAUCAUAUUUCAGCAAAAAGAUGAUAAGAACGAGAAGUAAUCACCUUUUCAAAAGGAAUAGAUUUGCUGGGUAGGUUUCUUCAUUCUUUUGACCUCCCCCCAGGUUAUAAUUGGAUAUUGAAGUUUUGGUAGAAAGGUAACAAGAGACAUUAACAUUCCCACAAAAAUGUGAAGACCUCUGCUCCAUGACAUCAUGAACUCAGCGUCUGUGUGAGAUCUCAAGAAUUCUUAAUUGCUAUGACAUCACAUGGCUUUAACUGGCUUCUAUUAUAUCUGACAGUAUGGAAACUCACCUCUGUGACAUCACAGGACAGAUGGCUACAGAGAACUCUCUAUGUUAAAUGUAGGGUUACUGUAAAUGUAGAUAGAACACUGCAAGUACUUAAAAAGUAACUAAAAAAAUCCAAUAUUUUUAGUGAUAAUCAGUGUCCCUUAUUGUAAGAUGUAAAAAAUAUGAAGAAAGAAUAUUGUGCUGGUUUUACAAAUACCAUGAUCUAUUACAUAAAGCGUUAUAGAAAGACAACCCCCCUAGCACUAAAAUACCAGUGUUAAGCACUGUUCUUAAAUCUGUCCUCAAAAUGUUGUUUAUUUUUGCAUUAAAGCACAACUCAUGUAGCAUAUUGUUAUUCAUGUUGAAUCGGUUGUCUUCUUCAGUUUUUCUUAAACUUUUGUAAAUGUGGGUGCAGUAUAUUUGCCUUGUUUCCUAGCUCUUGUUUUACCUCAGGACCUCGUUAUGAUGUCAGUGUGUUGAGAGCGUGUCUGUCCAAACUGUAAAUAAAAUAUCUGAUAAAAUAAUCAAAACAUUUGA